GCUAGUUAUAUUAAAAUAACCAAUUCUGGAGAAGAAUAUUUUUAUAUCGCUACCCAAGGACCACUGCCGGAUACCACAGAUGACUUUUGGCAAAUGGUUUUGGAAAAUAACUCUAAUGUUAUUGUCAUGAUAACCAGAGAGAUAGAAGAUGGAAUUACCAAAUGCCACCGUUACUGGCCCAUUUCCAAUAAGAAGCCUUUGGAAUUGAAAAAUUGUCAAAUCUUCCUGGAGAACUACCAGAUACUUCAAUAUUUCAUCAUUCGAAUACUUCAGGUUGUGAGGAAGUCUUUCAACAUCAGAAAUAUAGUGGCCCAAAUGAGAGAACAGCGUUAUGGCAUGAUUCAAACAAAGGAGCAGUAUUACUUUUGUUAUAAAACUGUACUUGAAGUUCUUCAGAAGCUUGUGACUUUCCAUUAAGAAAGACUUCUGUUGCCUCACACUUGAAAUCACCAAGUGGCUUGGAGCUUCCUCGUAAAGAACAUGUUCAAGCUGCACUGACUAGCCUUGCUUAUGCCUGUAAUGUGCUUUCUUGGUGUAUCAUUUAAUUUUCUUUCUGACAGCUUCCUGAAAGCAGCAUCAUUUGGUUGGUGGUGAACAGAAUUUACCCACUGACUUUACUUAGAUAAUAUCAAAAUACCCUCCCACAUUUUCCAGCAAAAUAAAAAGUUAC